AUGCAGAAAGAAUACGUUGCUAUGAACCUCCGGUGCGCAUUGUUGUUCGCAUAUUUCGCCGCGGCGGAGGUCUGGGCAAGGUACGAGGAAUGGACGCCGAGCUUUCACUGGACGGAGAAAAUGAAAAUGAAAAACCCGGAAAACAGCCCUUACUUCAACUACCCAGGUCUUGGGCCUCUGCAAGAUGCAUGGAAGGUCCUAGAAGAAACGUCAAAUAAUACGUACUUUUUGUUGUUUCGCAACGACGCUCCCGUUUUUGAUAAAUGUAUCUCCACAACAGCAAAUAUCACAGACAAAACGAAGAAAACCGCAAAUUACACAAUAAUGAGUUACGAUACGAAAAAAAGGCAAUACGAGAAUAUGACAAUACAAGUGAGAGCUCUGAAUCAAACUGACUACCCGCUUGAAAACGUUAUAAGGGUAAACCUCAAAGCAGGAAAACUACCAAAUGCUACUCCGGUUCCCCCAGGAAGCUACACGUACGCUGAGUAUGACAACUACACCUGCUAUUCCAGAACUACUCCCUUUCCUGAUAGGGGAAAUGCUGUAAAUCCUCAUCUGAGUGCACGGGCCUACGCUGAUUCUACGAAGAAUGUUCUAAAUAGAUUGCUCCCCUUUCCGGAAAGUGGUGACUAUGCUGACAUGUAUGUCGUAUACAACGAGCCGCAAUGUUAUAUCCUUAGGAGUCCCGCAGCCGAAGGAGGAUGCGACUUGUGGCUGCGAAAAACUGAUUUGAAAAGAAUAGUGGAGGACGUGGAAGAUCAGAUUGAAAAUAAAGUAAAGGAACUGGCGGAGCAAAAUAAGGACAUAUUGGGAUUCGAGAAAAACUGCAUUUUGACGAAAGAUGAUGAAGAAAUUCUAAACGAUUACGUACAAGAUGACAUUGAAAGAUGGUUCCAAGGGAUCGCAUGGAAACAGAUUUCCCUCGACUGCGUUCUCGCCUUCAUGAUAACCUGUGGAGUGCCCGUAUUUCGAGCUUACAAUCCGAUAACCUGUAAUACCACACUAACAGGGCAAUAA